AUGGCAUCCACUUCUUUCACCUCCUCUUCAUCCGACGACAGUCCCCUGGCUUAUCCCUUCCAAAGACUUCUGGACAACGCAAAAGUGUAUUGGAGAAGUCAGACCCUUGCCUCAAAACCAAGGGAUGCAGUGGCUCUCUCCCUGUCCGUGGAACACAUUUACCAAACUAUGGGUCUCGAAAAUGUGUUCGAGAAGAACAUAGCCCAGGGUGUGGUUCGUUUUGUUUCGUUAUGGGAGGAAUAUUUCCAGGCCACAUACAGAAAAGAAGUAAGGAUUCUUGGAAGUGGCUUUGUGCUCAAUACAUUUUUCCUUUCCCCACAUGGGUCUGUCUUUGGGCAGGGGGAUGAUGCUUGCAAUCUGACAAAAUUCAUGAUAACUGGGGUCCUGCUUUUGGACUACCUCCUAGCCACUCAUCAACCCAGCAGCAGUGAUCGCUGCUGGGCUGUUGAUCCCAGUUACGACAGUUCUUCAAAAAGUGGGAAUUACCCUCUCCCCAUUAAACUGGCUAGAAGUGCGAGUGGAUUCAGGGGAUGGGGGAAGAAAGGCCAUGGGAUAAGCACGGCCAAAUGGAACACUGUUCUCACCAGCACUGCUCAAGAAGGGUCGGAGCCUAACUCCCCUCUAACAUGGGAGGGGGAACUGAGAAGGGCUGCCCGGAUUGAUCAAUCACAGCAUAAACCGUUGGUUCGAAUCGCAAGGGUCGCCACUAUGAUUAGAUUUUUCGCUGGAUUUACCGAUGAGCAGCACCGCGCUCAGACACUGAUAGCCCAGUGUCAAGGGCAGCAACAUCUCAACGACCCCCUCCUUAUCUUGUUGGCUAUAUCACCAACACUGAUCUUCUCUCCCAAUCAUAGUAUCGACAAAACGGCCCCAAACAGUGUUAUAGUGGCAAACGUGCCUGGCAUUGUUUUCACUGGGAAGACAGAUGUUGGGAUGAAGCGGCUGGAGGAGGAGAUUGUAUCAGCCUUGGUGAUUUCCACUGCCCAGGAUAUUGCAGCCAAAACCUCUGCACCAGAAGUACCCCAAAGGCCCAAACGUCAACAGCAAAGGCCAGGUACUUCUCAACAACAGUCAAUGCCAAGCACUUCUGGACAACCCAACCUGGAACUCCUGGAUGUACCUGGCCUUGUAAGGCUCACUCCGCUUCCUCACACCUCCCUGCCAUACCUGACUCCCAGGAAGGGCCCACUGUCUGCUGGAUCUCUUCCAUCCGCACCACCCCAGUCCUUGGAACCAUCACCAGCUAUGGUGGAACCAGGACACCAGCCCCUCUCCCUACUUCCCCCUGCCUCUGGCUCUGGUCAAGAGUCUUUGGGACCAUCGGCCACCACCAUGGAACCAGAACACAAGUCCUUGUCCCCACCGCCUCUUGCCGUUGGAGGCCCCUUGGGACCACCACCCACUAUGGUGGAACUAGGACACGAGUCCUCGUUCUCAAUUCCCCCACAGGAGGACGCCCAAUCAUCCAGUGGGUUGUCCUCUUUGUCUGAUGAUGAUAGGGGAAAUCUGUCUAGGAAGAGGUCAAGAGGGACUUCCCCAGUGGAUGUUGAGUCGGAGGAUGACUCAGUCAAGCCCGGAAAAAGACCCAGGAAGGGCAUUGCACCCAAGCAAGCAGUGCAGCCACAGAAAAAGAAGGGAAGAAGGUCAAAGAAGGCCACUGCACCGAAAAGGACACCGCAGCCCCGGAACAAGAAGCGAUCCGGAUUCAUACCCUCCAAGAUAAUGGAAGCUUCCUCAGAGUCAGCUCCCGAUGAGCCUUCUGUUCCCAGGAGACAACAAGUUUCCAGUGGGCAGCAAGUUUCCGGUGCUAUGGAGCUGGACGUUUCAGCGACCGCUAUGUCAAAACUUGGGCCGAAAAGGUUCUUCAAGCUGAAGGCUUUUGCUGGUUUGCCCAACCUAGGCACAAUGACCAUGAUCACCGUGGCAAGAGGGGAGGAUUACGUCAAGGACCUCCAUCAUUUUGUCAGGAGAUCGUCUAUGCCCAACCUCCAGACCUUGGAGAAGGGGGAGCUCCGGAGACUUAGAGACUCAGAGCCGGAGGAAUUCCACAAGGUCCUCAGAGCCCCAUUCCUUGUCAAUGAUACAGGGGAAGCAGUGGCAUUUCGGCUUCCUGCAGUGCUCGAGGCAAUUGAAGUUGAUGCCUCCACCCAUGUGGAAGUGCAUGACAUGGAUGCUGAGGAGCCAGAUCCAGAGGGGCGUAUUCAUGCGGCUACCAUCUCAGUUGCAUUUUCUGAAAUGGAGAACCUGAUGGGAGGGAAGAUCCUCAAUGUGUUGUCUUUGCCCAGCAUGAGGAGCCCACCCUUGGGAAGUGUGAGCAGGGUUCUUGCAGAUGACUACAUCGCCAUCAACUCUACAUCAUCCAGCCCCUGCAUGAAGGGGAAAUCUCUACUGGUGCCCUCCAGUGGUUGGUCCAUCCUAUCAUCAUGUGGGACCAGCCACCCUCCCCAUAUAGAUGGUAUGGGCUAUGGCACAGUCCUGAGGGUGGUUUUGGGGGCCAAGUGGAUUGUUUUGAGCAAUGGGGAUUCAGAGCUCUUCAACAGGCCAGAUGCCCCUGAAGAUUUGUUCCAUUUGGCCUAUGAGGGUGAUCCAUCAACGCAGUUAAUAUUGCUAACACCUGGGAUUUCUCUCGUCUUGCCACCGGGGACCCCACAUGCAGUGCUUUCUGUAACUGACACGUCGUCAUGCGGAAGCUCAUUGGAAAGUGGUGAUGGAUCUUUCAAAGAAUUGACUGAUUACACACCACCCUCCGAUGCAACCCCUGGUGUCCUAAUGGUGGGGCGCCACUUUUAUAAUCUUGGCACCAUGGACCUGACGCUUCGGGCCUUCUUGCACCAAUGCAAAGGCCCAAGUGGUCCAACCAACAGGAGGGUCAGGCUCAUUGUUCCGCCAGCCUUCCCUCCAACAAUUCCAGUAUGGUCAGCACUAUCGUUGAUCUACCUUGUGUUGAAAUACCGCACAUUCCAGUUUUCAGCAAGUCCGGAUAGAGGUGCAUUCAACCACUUCCAUGAUGUUGCAGAAGAGUUCAUAAGCUUGAUGGGUUGGACAGUCAAGUAUGCAGGCUUUGUGCGGACCAUUAACAAUAUGCUUCAGCGCAGUAGAAUACUUCCUGUAGAGUCCUGGAAUUAUGACGUGUAG